AUGUCUGAAAAUAAGACAGUUGAUAAAUCACAACUGUUGAUCAAUAAUCCUAAUAGUUCAAGCAGGACCCCAAAUGCCCCAUUAAAUAAUGAUUAUGGAACCAUUAAUGAUACUGGCAACCCUUUAUUAAAUGACCAAAUGGUAUCUCUUCCCAAAAAUGAUAUUACACACACACCCGUUUCAAGACAAAGAUCUAUGAGUUUUUCGCAGGUCUCAGUGCAAUCAUCGUCAAAUAAUGUCUUGGAAGAUGCAGGAUUACCUAUGUCCCAUAGAGACAUCACAGCACCUGGUGGGUUUAGAAGAUCAUUCAUAAUGAGAAAGCAUAUUUUAGAAAAUAAAAAAAUUCCAUAUUUACCAAAUUUUAUGUUGACCAAUUUUAAUGACUUUUUAUAUCUAUAUGGACACUAUGCAGGAGAAGAUCUGUCAGAAAGUGAUGAAGAUGAAGAAGCUAUUGAAGAUGAGGAAGACUACCAAGAUUUUGCCCGAAGACCACUACUAAAUAAUGUAAGCCCCUCGAAUAAUCCUCUUGCAACAGGAGUUUCACCAACAGAAAUUCCUCAUAGAAUUGCAAAGCGUAAAGGCGAUAAUAAUAAAAAAGCAUCUACUUUCAAAGCAAUCCUAUUACUAUUGAAAUCCUUUGUUGGAACUGGUAUUUUAUUUUUACCAAAAGGUUUUAGUAAUGGUGGCUACACAUUUAGUACAAUAUCGCUACUAGUUUGUUCACUCUUAUCGUAUUAUUGUUUUAUAUUAUUAAUCAGUACUAAAGAUCAGAUGAAAGGCAUUAAUGGUUAUGGUGAUUUGGGUAACCAUUUAUAUGGUAAAAAUAUGAAAUUAGCUAUAUUAUUGUCAAUUGUCCUUUCACAAAUAGGUUUUUCAGCAGCUUAUACGGUUUUCGUUGCGACUAACCUAAAGACACUAUGCCAGAAUUUAUUUUCAAAUAAUCAACAUUUUUCGAUUGUUUUGUUUAUUAUCUUCCAAACUCUUUUAUUUAUCCCACUAUCGUUUACCAGAAAUAUCACAAAGCUAACGGCAACAGCUCUUGUUGCAGAUUUAUUCAUUUUUAUUGGUGUGAUAUAUAUUUAUUAUUAUCCUAUAACAUAUAUCAUCAAAAAUGGUAUUGCAACAGAAACAAUAGUUCCAUUUAAUAAUAAGAAUUGGUCCCUUUUUAUUGGUACAGCAAUCUUUACGUUUGAAGGUAUUGGUUUGUUGAUUCCAAUACAAGAGUCCAUGGCAAAACCACAUCAAUUUUUUAUCUCGUUAACCCUUGUUAUGGUUAUUGUCACAGUUAUCUUUAUAAGUGUUGGUUUAUUAUGUUACUGUGCUUUUGGAUCAAGUGUUGAAACUGUCGUUUUGUUAAAUUUUCCUCAAGAUAGUCCAUACACUUUAACUGUACAACUUCUAUACUGUUUGGCUAUAUUAUUAUCAACUCCAUUGCAAUUAUUUCCGGCUAUAAGAAUCUUAGAAAACUGGGUCUUCAAAAAGAAAGGAUCUGGUAAAUACAAUCCAAAGAUAAAAUGGGCUAAGAACUACUUCCGUUCACUUAUUGUCAUCGGAACAACUUGCAUUGCAUGGUCAGGUGCGAAUGAUUUAGAUAAAUUUGUGUCGCUGGUAGGUUCUUUUGCUUGCAUUCCAUUAAUCUACAUUUAUCCACCGUUACUGCAUUAUAAGGCUUGCAAGAUAAAUGGAUCUGCAAAUUUAGUACAAAACUAUCUAGAUAUUAUAUUGAUUCUAUUUGGUGUAAUCUUAAUGUCGUACACUUCAUUCCAAACAAUCCAACUUUGGCUAAGCUAA